UGACAGACUGAACUGAAAUAGCGGUCUGAUCGUGUAUCGGGAGCCCCCAGCAAGUAACCUCAAAGCGGCGCGGCGACUGAUUGAUUUACUCUUAUUUAUUUGUUAAAUUUGUUAAGCUCACAACAAAAUGAGCCGAAACUACAAGGAAGAUCAGACCAACGAGGUCGAAGCCCUGGACUCCAUCUACUGUGGUGAAAUGGAGAUUCUCGCCACGGAGCCGUUUCACAAAUUCCAAAUUCCCAUUGCCACGGAGGAGUACAGCGCCGAGGAGAGCGAUAACGGUCUGUCCUGCAAACUGGUCUUCACAUACACAGCCAAUUACCCCGAUGGGGCGCCCUUGGUGGAAAUUGAGGAGCCGGAAAACUUUGAGGGCAAGUUCGAGUCUCUUCUGCUGGAGCACCUGCGUAAGACUAUCGAGGAAAACCUGGGCAUGGAGAUGAUAUUCUCGCUGGUGAGCAGCGCCCAGGAGUGGCUGAACGAGCGGUGGGACGAGCACAAGUUCCAUCAGGAGGAGCAACGAGCCCAGAAGCUGAAGGAGGUCGAGGAGGAGGAGCGCAAGAAGUUCGAGGGUACACGCGUGACUGUGGAAUCGUUCAUGAAGUGGAAGCUGGACUUUGAGGACACCACGGGCAUUGCGGCGAAGCGGGAGAAGAACAAUGUGUCCAAAAAGCUAACCGGCCGUGAGCUCUUUAUGUGCGACAACACGCUCAACGAUUCGGAUAUCAAGUUCCUGCUGGAGGCGGGCGAGAAUAUAGAAAAUGUCAAGAUUGACGAGGCGCUGUUCCAAGAUCUCGGCGAGCUAGACCUGGAUGACGAUGAUGACGAGGAUUGGGUGCCCGGAGCCGAUGACGACGAUGAUUAGAGUUUCGCCGUUGCCGGUGACUUUAUUGUAAAAUAAACGUUUCUCAUACAA